AUCACGCACCUACUACAGAAAAUGAAAUUUUACACCAUCUAAGCACCAUCCCACCCAACUAAACAAGAUGUUAUCCCGCGCACUUUGGCGACCUCAACCGGCAACGGUUGCCAUUGCUGUGAACACUUUUGCCACCGUUUCAACAUCCGACGAAGUGUUGCUGUUCGAUAACGAUACCAUCGUAAGUCAAGGUACUACACCAAUUCGCCGCUCUUUGCCUUUGACUCAUCGUCGUUGGGCGACCUCCAGCAGCUGCUGCAGAGCGAGGCAUUCAAGCAGAAUAUGUCACUGACACUGAACAUCUCAACGGAGAACCUGAAGGAUCUGCUAAAUACUGCACAGCGCAAUCAGACCUGGGAGUUGCCGCAGCAGCAGCUAUGUUAUCAUAUUGCUAUUCGUUUCUGGUGUGCUGGGUAAUCUCAUCAAAUACAUUGUUAUGUGGCGGAAUAAAUUUAUGCACACCGCCACCAAUUUCUAUCUCUUCAACCUGGCGGUGUUGGAAUUGAUGUUGCUGCUCUCAAUUAUUGGUACCCGAAUGCCUUCCCAUUUGCCGAUGCAAUUUGUAUACUUGGUAGUGGUAGCGGAGACAGCCACCAAUGCCACCGUGCUAACGAUAACGGAAUUUACCAUUGAGAGCUACAUAGCGGUAUUUCAUCCACUUCGGUAACUCGUCAAUUCAUAUUCCUCGGUCGGUCUCAGAGUCAAAGCUAUAGCUACAGCGCAAUACUGCUAUGGAGGUAGAUGCAUCUACAUAUUACGUUGAAUAACAGUGCUCUAAAUCACUAGCACCGUCUACGUGUUAUGCAAAUACAUUAUCUCUAUCAGCAGGAUAGCAUUUAAAUAUGUAACUGCGACAGCGACUGCAACAAACAGCAGCGGUGGAAGGGCAAGUCAAGUGAAUGGUAUAACUGCAGUGACCGCAGGUAAACAACAACACUGGCAGAAAAAAUACUAUCACUUGCUUCAGUCUCAACUGUUUGGGUUCUUCAGCGGAAAGUUGCAAUCGUAAUGAUUGCUCCGCCAUUAGCAAUAUUAUGGUCCACGCAGCGGGUAAUCAGCGGUGAUCGCAUGUGGAUCAGCCCAAAAGAGUUGGACAGCAGAACAGUCAGUAUGAACUGGGUGACGUUGGUGAGCUUGCCUGGCGAUCAAGAAGCGCUGACUAUUCAAAUAAGUCAUAUCCGCGUCUCAAACUCUCUCGACGUAGUAUUUAGUAGCAGAUAAAGUUAAUGAAUUAGAAUUAAAACAUAUGAUAUUAAAAUUUACUGUCCAGAGUCAAUUUAAAACUAACUUAAUUCAAAUCAGCCACGUUUAAAACAAAACUACCACAAUCUUGCUGUAUGUAUGUCCGUGUCUGUGAAUAUUAAUUACAGGUCACUGUAAUUAAAAGCACCAAAAUUUCCAUAAGUCAUGUGCUCAUAUUACGGCUGCAAUUAAUUUAUGCACAUUUCUAUUUGGGCGACUGCAGUCGUUUGGGGACGUCGUGUCCCAAAAGAUUCAUUGCCGCAGGAGCUGAAUAAAUUAGAAAACUGUUCUUGGCGUUGAUGAAUGUUGUAACUGGGUGCAUGUGUGCCAGAAGGUUCAUUUAAUCAAAAUAGUGGAAUAGGGGAGUGUUUAACUAACUGACCAGGGCAGGUCGCUUAAAAUAAGAUUUCUACGUUAAUGUAGUUUCGUUAUCAUAGUCGGUUUUAUUUAUUAUGAUAACAUAAAUGAACUAUUCACACGUUUCUCACAAGUUGUUGAUAUUUCAUACUUAUUCUUUUUUCCAAGACUCUUUAGCUGCAGUUUCAAUGCGUUAAAGCUGCAUUCGUCGAUUUUGAUUUACUGUGAAUAAUUUAUUUGACAAAACGCUAAGUCGUUUGGAUCCACCAGUAGUUAUGACAUGUCUUAUGAUAACUCAUUAUUGAUAGAUAAUUUUAUCGAUUUCAUUGUUAUGUCCAGUUUUAAGAGCUCUUGAGAGCUAGGUAUUACAUUUCGAAAACAAAAACGUUCUAUUGAAGAAAUA